AGCCGCACCCGCUCGGCGUUGUCGUUAAUUCUGCGCCUUAUCGUGGAUGACAUUAGUGCUGGAGGAAACAUUUCAUUCUCAAACUGCGCUGUUCUCCGUUUUCCGCCAGUGAUAUCCGCCGUCUUCAAGGGCGGUGCUUAUUUCUCUUCAUCUCAGUUGCUGUUUUUGGGUUUAACUUUUGCUUAAGAGAUUGGUAGGCAGUAUCGAAGUACAAAACAGAAGUACCCGAGCAUUGAAUUUGGCCAUACCUGUGAUACCUCUGUAUGGCGCUGGAAGAUCAAGAUUCUUAUGCUUUGAUAAUGCAGAUGUCUGUGUUUUAUUGACACUGCUCUAGUUGGCCAACAACUGGCCAGUGAUUCUUGAAGCAAGGAGUUGUUGUUGGUUGCAAUGUUUUGGCAGCUGUAUUUGGCAUGCUUGUGUCUGUUGGUGAUCCCCAGUUAUUCUGAUGUUUGUGACAAUCCAUUAAUGGAAGGUGCAGAGCUUACGGCCACUUCAGAGCUUCAUGGCAAGGAAGCGAAGUAUGCCAGGCUGAAUGGUGCCCGGGCGUGGACGGCGCGGCUGACCAACAGCAUGCAGGCGCUGACGGUGGACCUGGGCGACACGUUCCGCCUGACGCGGCUGGCCACGCAGGGCUACCCGCGCAGCCGCUGGUUCGUCCGCCACUUCAUGGUCGAUUACUCGAUGGACGGGCGCUGCUUUUCGACCGUACCGCACUGAGGGCGGCGAGCCAGAGGAGUUCAAAGGAAACGAAAACGGCGACGAUAUCGUGGAAAACCGGUUCGAGACUCCGAUUGUGGCACAGUUCGUUCGUCUCCGGCCCACCAGGUGGCAGGACCGCAUGUCGGUGCGACUGGAACUGUAUGGGAUGCGCGUUCUCGGGCAUUACCAUGUCGUUUAACGGUGACGGAUUCGUGGAGAAGAGCCUGGUCCGGAACGAGGUUCACUCCCUCUACGACAGAAUACAAUUCAGGUUCCGCACCUCGGACCCGAACGGCGUGCUGAUGUACAGCCACGGCGCGCAGGGCGACAUGCUGGCCGUCCAGCUGGUGGAGAACAAGCUGCGGCUCAACAUCGACCUCGGCGCGCGCCAGAUGACCACCCUCUCGGUGGGUUCGCUGCUGGACGACCACCUGUGGCAUGACGUGCGCAUCGAGCGCACGGAGCGUAUGGUCAACCUCACCGUGGACCGGGUCGAGGUCGCCCGCGAAGUCAACGGCGUCUUCCGCAAGCUGGACCUCAACGACAAGCUGUACCUGGGCGGCGUGCCGUACAUCCGGAAUGGCAUCGAAGUGGCCAGCAACUUCACCGGCUGCAUCGAGAACCUGUACAUCAACAGCACCAACUUCAUCGGCGAGGUGCGCGACCGCCACCAGGACUACACCAACUACAAGGGCGAGUUCAACUGCCCGGCGGUGCACACCGUGCCUAUCACGUUCCUGGAUCGGUCGGCGUUCAUCAAGGUCACGGGCAACGACGGCCAGAAACAGCUCAACAUCUCGUUCGGCUUCCGCACGUACGAGGAGAACGGCGUCAUGGCGUACCACAAGUUCCUCUCGGCCGGUUCCGUUAAGGUGUUCCUGCAGCAGGGCCGCUUCAAGGUGGAGCUGGCAACGGAAAGGAACGACGCCGUGGUGCUCGACCCGUUCGAGGAGACGUUCAAUGACGGCCGCUGGCACGCGGCCACGGUGGCGCUGGCCGAGAACAGCGCCGUCACCGUCAUCGACGGCUACCCCAUGUACACGCAACGGCUGAUGACCUUCACCACGAGCAUCGAUUACUGGUUCGCCGGUGGCCUAUCCGGAGUGGAUAACCCCGGCUACCUGGGCUGCAUGAGGAGCAUCUCCGCCGGCGGAAACAACCAGAGUCCGCUCAACCUGGGCCCGCAGAACAAAGUGAACGAGCGCUACAUCGUGAUCGACGGCUGCCAGAUGGACGACCGGUGUAACCCGAACCCGUGCGAGCACGGCGGUGUGUGCACGCAGGACUCGCACGAGUUCUUCUGCGACUGCCGCGACACGGGCUAUGCCGGCGCCGUCUGCCACGCCACGACGAACCCGGUGUCGUGCGCGCAGCACUUCCUCAUCAGCCGCUCGGGCCGGCGCGAGCUGAUUAACGUGGACGUGGACGGCUCCGGCCCGCUGGCCGCCUUCCCCGUCACGUGCGUGAAGACCCCCGAGGGCCAGGUGGAGGCGCACCUCCACCACGACGUGCCCGGCGACCAGCUGGUGGACGGCUUCGAGCGACGCGGCAGCUUCGUGCAGGACGUCACGUAUGAUGCCGACAUGCGCCAGGUGGAACGGCUGAUCAACGCCUCGCUCAACUGCAGGCAAGAGCUGUUCUACGCGUGCCGCCGCUCGCGCCUGCUCAACAGCCCGGUGCGCGAGGGCGAGCUGUUCGAGCCGUACUCGUGGUGGGUGUCGCGCAACAACGAGAUCAUGGACUACUGGGGCGGCUCGCAGCCGGGCAGCCGCAAGUGCCAGUGCGGCAUCCUCGACAGCUGCAUCGACCCCACCAAGGACUGCAACUGCGACGCAGGGCUGGCCAGAGAGGCGUCGGACGGUGGUGACCUGAUCUUCAAGGAGCACCUGCCGGUGCGCCAGCUGCGCUUCGGCGACACGGGCUCGCCGGGCGACGAGAAGCGGGGUAUCUUCCGUCUGGGCAGCCUCAUCUGCGAGGGCGACGCCAUCUUCGACAACACGGUGACGUUUCGCCUGGCGGACGCCACCAUUGACCUGCCGCCUUUCGACAUGGGCUACAGCGGCGACAUCUACUUCGAGUUCAAGACCACCAAGGAGUCCGGCACGUUCUUCCACAUCGAGGGGCCCAGCGACUUCAUCAAGGUCUCCAUCACUGGCGGCAACUCGAUCCAGCUGAAGUACCGCGCCGGCAGCGUGUCCCUCAGCGGCUCGGUCGACGUCAGCAGCCGGCUCAACGACGACAGCUGGCACUCGGUGCUGGUGGAGCGCAACCGCAAGCAGGCCCGCCUGCUGGUCGACAAUUCCCUGAAGGAGGACGUCGCCGAGCCGUCCGGGCCCGUCCGCUCCAUGGAGCUGACUUCUCGGCUCGUGGUCGGCGCCACCACGCAGUACCGGAACGGCUUCGUGGGCUGCAUGCGCGCCUUCAUGAUCAACGGCCAGCUGCAGAACCUGAAGUACCUGGCGGAGCGCGGCCUGUACGGCCGGCCGCUGUACGGCGUGUCGGUCGGCUGCCAGGGCAAGUGCGUCAGCGCACCCUGCCUCAACAACGGCACCUGCGUGGAGGGCUACUCCGACUACACGUGCAACUGCCGCUGGACGGCCUUCAAGGGCCCCAUCUGCGCCGAUGAGAUCGGCGUGAGCAUGACGCGCAGCUAUAUGGUCAAGUACGAGCUGGAGGGCAGCUACAAGAGCACCAUCGCCGAGGACAUCCGCGUCGGCUUCACCACGACCAGUCCGUCCGGCUUCCUGGUCGGCCUCGUCUCCAACAUCACCAAGGAGUACAUGACCAUCAUGGUGUCCAACAGCGGGCACAUCCGCGUGGUGUUCGACUUCGGCUUUGAGCGGCGUGACGUCGUUUACCCGGAUAAGAUCUUCAACGAGGGCCAGUUCCACGACGUGCGCGUGCGGCGCCUGAACGGCGGCUCCACCAUCCAGAUCCAGGUGGACAACUACCCGCCGUUCAGCGAGACGUUCUACGUCAACCCUUCGGCGGACGUGCAGUUCGACAACAUCCAGUACCUGUACAUCGGCAGGAACGAGAGCAUGCUGGAGGGCUUCGUCGGCUGCAUCAGCCGCGUCGAGUUUGACGACAUCUACCCGCUCAAGCUCAUGUUCCAGGAGAACCGGCCCUCCAACGUCAUGGGCAGCUCGCCCAAGAUCCACGAGGACUACUGCGGCAUCGAGCCGGUCCGCCACCCGGAGGAGGUGACCGAGACCCGGCCGCCGCCCGAGGUCGACGAGGACAUCGUCAGCUCGCUCUACAACGAGCUGGACGCGGCCGUGCUCGGCGGCGUGCUCGCCGUCGUGUUGAUCGCCAUCAUCGUGAUGGCGAUCCUGAUCGCCCGCUACACGUCCCGCCACAAGGGCGACUAUCUGACGCGCGAGGACUCGGGCGCCGAUGGCGCCGAGGACGCCGACGAGGCCGUCGCCCAGGGACGCACCGGCCACCACGUGGAGAAGAUGAAGGAGUUCUUCAUCUAGGAGGUGCCCGGCGCGCGGCCGGGGAGGCAGCCCGCCGCGGGCGGAUGCUCGUACAUUCCAUCCCACUUCUCAUCUGUUGUGUUUGACGCGCCUGUCUCACCAGUUCGCUUUGCCGUCCAGCUUUACAGCGUCGCGGGCGAGGGCCUCGCCCGUGUCUUGAUCCGCCCGCAGAUAGAUGGCGGCGGGCUGUGAGUCGACCCAUCACCAUCCCCCUUCCCCCCUUGCACAUCUCGCUUCUGCUCAUGUGUUCGUUUACGUUCGUGGAGUGUGACAAGGCUCUGCAUUGACAUCGAAUUAUAUUAGUGACAUCAUCGUGCGGAAGUGCGCGUGGACUGCGCCGUGCCGCGCGCGCACUGCGCGUGGGGGCGCUCCCAGUAUAUCGGCUGCCGCGGCGAAGCUCGACGCCCCAGUCUUGUGGCGUUGGAGAUGCGUUUCGUAGUGCGGUCUGUCAGCCUCGUGGCGCUCUUCGUUGUGUUUUGGAGUUGCGAUCUUUACUGCCUUAGGUGUUCCGUUGUGCUUCACGAGAUGUUUGGGGCAGUAUCUGUGUCGCAGCUGGCCUCGUGGUUAUCACUUGUGAUGACUGGGAGGAGUCUCAACGUCUGCCCAGGUCAUACCCGCUGCUACUCUUUGAUAGCUUCACUGCUCACUUGUUUUUUUGGAAUUGCUGUAUUGCCGUUGUUUGCGAUGGAAGUGGUGAGUGGGCACCACGUUUUCUCCUACUACCCGCUGUGUUGAAUGUGCUGUAUCGGGAUGGGUAGGAUAGAGCGUGAUGCGACACGCGCCAGAAGUGAAUCUCGCCAGAUGCCUCAGCCUAAAAACUAUUGUGUGCGCAGCCCACGCGCUCCGCUCAUGAGCCCGUAGCCAGCGAAGAGGAGCGGUAGAUCUUCCACAGUGUGUUGACCGAGUCGCCUGUAGACGGUAGAUGGUUGUUACCGUUGCACGCCUUGAAGGAGUCACUGCUUAGUCCGUGGAGGAGCCCCGAUAGAGCUGCUCUGGAGCGAAACUGCUCAGCUGCCGAGAGAUCGGCUCACUGUUAACGAAGUCGAUCUACAGUGCAAACAGCGUGACCGGAGGCGCCUGUCUCUCUUACAUGUCCCGCCAAUAAAGUGCAGCUGGAUUCGA